AUCAUCAUCAUCAUCGAAUCGUGCGGUAGUCGAAGUGCGCCAGAAGGCUGUCGUUUAUAAAAAGGGUAUCCACGGAGUGGAGUCCACGAUUUGCUGGAAGGACGUCGUGGAAAUCACUUGUUGAACACACUUGCUGCGUGUGCUGCGGAGUCGGCCACCCGUCGGUUUCCGUCGCUUCGGUUCUACGUGAUUGUUCGUGCAGUAGCGAGUGGAUGCAAGAUAAAUUUUCCAAUUAUUCAAAUCGACACCUCGCACGCAUCAGACGAAUUGCACGAGAAUCGUUCUCAACAGUUUUGGGACGGACAGUGACUAAAUUUGUUACCCUCUCGGGGGAAAGUGUAAUUGUGUGUGCAAAAUUGUUGCGGAAUUUGUUUCUCUAAAACCCUGCGCUAAACAUUCGGAUCCUUUCACAACAUUCCUGCGAAACGAGCGGACUUGCGCGAGUCCGUGCUUGUGCAUUCCCUCAGUAGGGUCGUGAGACCACGUGGUCGUUGGCCACCAAAAACGGUGCACGGGAAUCGAAAGGUAUAGGAGUGAAACCUUUACCUGCAUACUUUCGACCAGACUCACCGGUGCCCCGGAGGUGGAGGGAAUUUCAAACGUUCAUUCCUUGUCCGAAACCAGCAACACGCGGCCCCGUCCGUCGGUCAACUCAAAAUGAAAACCACAUUUGGGCUGUGGACAGCGAUGAUGGCGUUGGUGUGUGUCAGUGUACACGUUUCGGCCCUACCCUACAGUGACUCCCGUAUUGUGCAGGAUAAUAGCUAUCUGUCGCUCAAAAGGACGAAACCAUCGCUGUCAAUUGUGAACCCGCUCGAUGUACUGCGGCAGCGAAUCAUUCUCGAGAUGGCUCGAAGGCAGAUGCGCGAAAACACGAGACAGGUUGAACUAAACAAAGCUCUACUAAGGGAAAUCGGCAAAAGGAGCAGCAACUUUUACGAUGGGUCGCAGAUGGCUUCGUAUGAUCCAGAUCGAGCCUACUACGAUCGUAAGCUGUACAACCAACGAGUACCACUGGAUCCGGAGCGUAACCUACCCGGUGACGAUGAACUCGAAGCGAUGAUGGAUAGCUUGCUUCGCAGCAGCCGCUUUUCAUCUGCAGGAAAACAACAGCAUGUUCGCUCGGUUAACGAUCGUCUAGCACCACCACCGGACCCCGAGGAACGCGGCCAACAACCAACAUCCUCGCAAACGCAACCCCAAUCCCAGCAGUUGAGCAAAAUGUUCAAUAACGAGCAGGAAGAUCUGAAAACCAAUGGUGAGCAUACGAUUACGACACAGUCCCUGCAUGUCAAUGAUCCAGACGAUGAUGAAGAUCAGAACCGUAACGAAAACUCCGAUGUAAUGACGGACGGUGAACGUUACAUGGAAUCGAAUCCCAGGACUGAAUCUCGCCAAUCGCUAAACGAUCAAAGUACUGACAAUGAAUAUCAACGUCAGCGAUUUGUAUACGGUAUGUACAAAAAUCGGUUCGCAAACUAA